AAAACUAUAUCAUUGUAUGAUAUACAUUGUUUUUUCGAGGGGGGGUUUGUGAAACAACGAAGAAAAGAAGGAAAAGAAAAAACGAGAGAAAAUCUUUCCUUAUUUUUCCUGGAAAAUUUUGGAUUGCGAAUUGUUUUGAUCUUGAAAGGAGAAAAAGAUUCUUUAACGAUUCGCGUUUGUUCUUUUCACAACUCAGAUCUAGGGUUAUUUUUCGUGUUUUUGUUCAUCCUCAUUAUCGCGGAUUGUUUUACGGGGCGAUUCGUUUUUCUGGUUUUUCGUUUCUGGUUUUUGAUUUUUGAUUUUUGGAUCGGUUGUUCAAUUUAGGAAGGAUUCAAUGAUGGUUUUGUUUUCUUGACGGAAACUGAUUUUGAUGGUGGAUUUGAGCGGCGCAGAUGGAAAGGGGGCGGAUGAAUGGAAAUGGGAAUUGUGAUUAUAGUUGUGAGAGCAAUGGAUAUCAUUCGUUAGAUCUAGCGGAUGUCUAUGGUGAAAAUACUCCUGAUGGAAGAAGCUCUGGGAAAACGUCGCAGGUUUCAUCUUCUUCGAAUUGCAUCGUGCAUCCGGUUUCUAAAUUUGAUACUCUUGCUGGAGUUGCAAUCAAGUAUGGAGUUGAGGUUGCAGAUAUAAAGAAGAUGAAUGGUCUAGUUACAGACUUUCAAAUGUUUGCUCUCAAAUCUCUUCAGAUUCCUCUUCCUGGAAGACAUCCUCCAUCUCCUUGUCUAUUAGAAGGUCUAAACACGGCAGGACAGAGCAGUGCCGAAAGGUCUCCAAAUCGUCUUUCAUCAGAAUUCUUUGAAUCUUUCCAGUCUCUCAAAUUGAAGUCUUCCGAUCAAAGGGUGUCCCCAGCCAUGAGCUCUUUACAAGGUUACUAUGGACUUAAACCAUCUGAUCAGAGGAGCAGAACCGACGGUUUGGAAAUGGCAGUGUACAUGAAAGGAGCCUCUCAUUAUUUAGAAGAUGUGCCAGUUUAUGGGACCUCCCAGCAUUUGGACUUCUUACUAACACAUCACCAUCGAAAAUCCAAAAGUUUAGUGAAUGGAUGUCUGGGUGAAAAAGGAGAGGUGAGCGAUGAUGUUCAAUCUAUAGAAGCCGGGGACGGAGAUAACAAAUUGAGUGAUAAACUGAUCAGAAGGCGCCAGAAAUCAGUAGCUGACUUUUCCAAUUCGCCCGAAAUGCUCUUGAAAGAUGAAAACAGCAGUAGUGGUAGUAACGGCUUCUCAUCAUCUGCUGGAAAAGGCUUAUUGGCUCAAAGACCCAAAUCUUCUAGUAGAGCUAAUUUGGCAAACGACAAUGAAGUUGGAUUGAUUCCAAUUCCAAUAGGUCUGGGGGAUUCAUUCGUAUCUGCCGACGGGUUUGCUGCGUUCAGGAAGUCGUCAAGUACAUCAAGUUUACCAGAUCAAGAAAACGGCAUCACAUCAUCAAUCUGGUCUCAGGCAAUUUCAACUGCUUCGAGACCAAUUUUUGAUGGCUUGCCAAAACCGUUGACGGGUCGAAGAAACAAAGCUGCACUUGAUUAGCUCCCAUUCUGAUCUUAAAAAAAAAAAAAAGGAAAAAAAGGGAUAAAUUUCCUAGCAACUUUUGGUCCAUAAUUUAAUAUGUGCCGUCUUUUAUAGUUUGAAGGAAUACAACUAUAGAAGAAAUUUUAAAGAGUUAAAUAACAUAUCCACUUUCCCGUUUCGAAUUAAUGGUUACUCAUAGAUAGAGAGAUUGUUUUGAGAACACAAGAGUGAAUUGAUGGAAGAGAAUGUGGCAUCGCGUGCUCACGCCUCUUGUUUUGUAGGAAAUGUAUAUUAAGUCAAUAUCGGUGUCAACUGAGUUGAAAGAAACUUUUGAAAGGAAAACUACCUUUUUAUUUUCUAAAGCGUGAUGUUGUUCAGUUUAAUGUAUAUUAGUUAAUAUUUGUUA